CGCCAGGUGUGUCCGUCUCUCCUUCCCCUACCCCCGUCUUCUUCGCCGGCCUUCGGGCGUUGAGGUAGAGCACAGGCGAAAGCUGGGACCGCGGCAUCUGUCUCCGCUGGUCCCCGUCAGCCUGCGGCCCGGUCUGUGGUGGCGGCGCGCCCCGGUCUUCGUUUCGGGCCCGUCGGGACAACGCCUGGCGUCACGACUGCUUCGGGGAUCGCGCUGAUCCACAUCCGCCAACGUUUCCACUGCUGAGCAGGACCUCCCCUGAGGCUUACGACAGGGUGUCGUUCCAGGGCCGGUAACUGGGGUCUGAGGUUAGAAGACCCUCACACCCUUGGGCACAAAGAGGUGCGGGCCCGAAGGGCGAGGGAAGGAAGCAGACCUCAGGAUCACUUUGGUUAACUUUAGUUUGGUGAUGAUUUUUUGUUUGAUUUUGAACUGUUGCCAGGUUUAAAGCAGGAUGAAGUUAAAGGAAAUAGACCGUACGGCCAUGCAGGCCUGGAGCCCUGCCCAGAAUCAUCCCAUUUACCUAGCUACAGGAACAUCUGCUCAACAAUUGGAUGCAACGUUUAGUACCAGUGCUUCCCUUGAAAUAUUUGAAUUAGAUCUUUCUGAUCCAUCCUUGGAUAUGAAAUCUUGUGCCACCUUCUCUUCUUCUCAUAGGUACCACAAGUUGAUUUGGGGGCCUCAUAAGAUGGAUUCCAAAGGGAAUGUCUCUGGAGUUCUGAUUGCAGGUGGUGAAAAUGGAAAUAUUAUUCUUUAUGAUCCUUCUAAAAUUAUAGCUGGAGACAAGGAAGUUGUGAUUGCCCAAAAUGACAAGCAUACCGGCCCAGUAAGAGCGUUGGAUGUGAAUAUUUUCCAGACUAAUCUGGUAGCCUCUGGUGCUAAUGAAUCUGAAAUCUACAUUUGGGAUCUCAACAAUUUUGCAACUCCAAUGACACCAGGAGCCAAAACACAGCCCCCAGAAGAUAUCAGCUGCAUUGCAUGGAACAGACAAGUUCAGCAUAUUUUGGCAUCAGCCAGUCCCAGUGGCCGGGCCACUGUAUGGGAUCUUAGAAAAAAUGAACCUAUCAUCAAAGUUAGUGACCAUAGUAACAGGAUGCAUUGCUCUGGGUUGGCGUGGCAUCCUGAUGUUGCGACUCAGAUGGUGCUUGCCUCUGAGGAUGAUAGAUUACCAGUGAUCCAGAUGUGGGAUCUUCGCUUUGCUUCCUCUCCACUCCGUGUCUUGGAAAACCAUGCCAGGGGGAUUUUGGCAAUUGCUUGGAGCAUGGCAGAUCCUGAAUUGCUGCUGAGCUGCGGAAAAGAUGCUAAGAUUCUCUGCUCCAACCCAAACACAGGAGAGGUGUUAUAUGAACUUCCUACCAACACGCAGUGGUGCUUUGAUAUUCAGUGGUGUCCCAGAAAUCCUGCUGUCUUAUCAGCUGCUUCCUUUGAUGGGCGUAUCAGUGUUUAUUCUAUCAUGGGUGGGAGCGCAGAUGGCUUAAGGCAGAAACAAGUUGACAAGCUUUCAUCAUCUUUUGGAAAUCUUGAUCCCUUUGGCACAGGACAGCCCCUUCCUCCAUUACAAAUUCCUCAGCAGACUGCUCAGCAUAAUAUAGUGUUGCCUCUGAAGAAGCCACCCAAGUGGAUCCGAAGACCUGUUGGUGCUUCCUUUUCAUUUGGAGGCAAACUGGUUACCUUUGAGAAUGUCAGAGUACAAGCCCAGCAGGGAGCUGAGCAGCAGCAACAGCAACACCAUGUGUUCAUCAGUCAGGUGGUAACAGAAAAAGAAUUCCUCAGCCGAUCAGACCAACUUCAGCAAGUCGUGCAGUCACAAGGAUUUGUCAGUUAUUGUCAGAAAAAGAUUGAUGCUUCUCAGACUGAGUUUGAGAAAAAUGUAUGGUCCUUUUUGAAGGUGAACUUUGAGGAUGAUUCUCGGGGAAAAUACCUUGAACUUCUAGGAUACAGAAAAGAAGACCUAGGAAAGAAGAUUGCUUUGGCCUUGAACAAGGUGGAUGGACCCGAUGUGGCUCUUAAAGAUUCUGACCAAGUAGCACAGAGUGAUGGGGAGGAGAGCCCUGCUGCUGAAGAGCAGCUCUUGGGAGAGUGCAUUAAAGAGGGAAAACAAGAAUCUGAAUUUCUACCAUCAGCAGGAGGAACAUUUAACAUCUCCAUCAGUGGCGAUAUUGAUGGUUUAAUUACUCAGGCUUUGCUGACGGGUAACUUUGAGAGUGCCGUUGACCUUUGUUUACAUGAUAACCGUAUGGCUGAUGCCAUUAUAUUGGCCAUAGCAGGUGGACAAGAACUCUUGGCUCAAACGCAGAAAAAGUAUUUUGCAAAAUCCCAAAGCAAAAUUACCAGGCUAAUUACUGCAGUGGUGAUGAAGAACUGGAAAGAAAUUGUUGAGUCUUGUGACCUUAAAAAUUGGAGAGAGGCUUUAGCUGCAGUAUUGACUUAUGCUAAACCAGAUGAAUUUUCAGCCCUUUGUGAUCUUUUGGGAACCAGGCUUGAAAGUGAAGGUGAUAGCCUCCUGCAGACUCAAGCAUGUCUCUGCUAUAUCUGUGCAGGGAAUGUAGAGAAACUAGUUGCAUGUUGGACUAAAGCUCAAGAUGGAAGCAGUCCUUUGUCCCUUCAGGAUCUUAUUGAGAAAGUUGUCAUCCUGCGAAAAGCUGUACAACUCACCCAAGCCAUGGACACCAAUACUGUAGGAGUUCUUUUGGCCGAGAAGAUGAGUCAGUAUGCCAAUUUGUUGGCAGCCCAAGGCAGUAUUGCUGCAGCCUUGGCUUUUCUUCCUGAAAACACCAACCAGCCAAAUAUUGUGCAGCUUCGUGACAGACUUUGUAGAGCACAAGGACAGCCUGUACCAGGACAGGAAUCACCUAAAAUUCCUUAUGAGAGGCAGCAGCUGCCCAAGGGCAGGCCUGGACCAAUGGCUGGCCACUCACAGAUGCCAAGAGUUCCAGCUCAACAAUAUUAUCCGCAUGGAGAAAAUCCUCCACCUCCAGGUUUCAUAAUGCAUGGAAAUGUUAACCCAAAUGCUGCCACAGCUCAGCUUCCCACCUCUCCGGGUCAUAUGCACACCCAGGUACCACCUUAUCCACAGCCACAGCCUUAUCAACCAGCCCAGCAGUAUUCCUUCGGAACAGGGGGGUCAACAAUGUAUCGACCUCAGCAGCCUGUUGCUCCUUCUGCUUCAAACGCUUACCCUAACACCCCUUACAUAUCUCCUGCUUCUUCCUAUUCUGGGCAGUCUCAGCUGUAUGCAACACAGCACCAGGCCUCUCCACCUACCUCCAGCUCUGCUGCUUCUUUCCCUCCUCCCCCUUCCUCUGGAGCAUCCUUCCAGCACGGCGGACCAGGAGCUCCACCAUCGUCUUUAGCUUAUGCGCUGCCUCCUGGAACAACAGGUUCUCAGAAUGGUUGGAAUGAUCCUCCAGCUUUGAACAGAGUACCUAAGAAGAAGAAGAUGCCUGAAAACUUUAUGCCACCUGUUCCCAUCACAUCACCAAUCAUGAACCCUUUGGGUGACCCCCAGUCACAGAUGCUGCCGCAACAGCCUUCAGCUCCCGUACCUCUGUCAAGCCAAGCUUCAUUUCCACAGCCACAUCUUGCAGGUGGCCAGACCUUCCAUGGCAUACAACAACCCCUCGGUCAACCAGGCAUGCCACCAUCUUUCUCCAAGCCCAAUAUUGAAGGCGCCCCAGGGGCUCCUAUUGGAAAUACCAUCCAGCAUGUGCAGUCUUUGCCAACAGAAAAAAUUACCAAGAAACCUAUUCCAGAUGAGCACCUCAUUCUAAAGACCACAUUUGAGGAUCUUAUUCAGCGCUGCCUCUCUUCAGCCACAGAUCCUCAAACCAAGAGGAAGCUAGAUGAUGCCAGCAAACGCUUGGAGUUUCUGUAUGAUAAACUUAGGGAACAGACACUUUCACCCACAAUCAUCAGUGGUUUACACAACAUUGCAAGGAGCAUUGAAUCGCGAAACUACUCAGAAGGAUUGACCAUCCACACCCACAUAGUUAGCACCAGCAACUUCAGUGAGACCUCAGCUUUCAUGCCAGUUCUCAAAGUCGUUCUCACCCAGGCCAAUAAGCUGGGUGUCUAAAAGGACAUCUUUACUCCCAGCCCAUAUUGUCAUUUUUCCAAAGAAACAUACUUUAAAAAAUGUUAAGAUAUGGACCAAUCCUCAUUAGCAUGUUUCCAUAACAGCCAGUCAAGAGCAUUUACACUAUUUCUGCAGAUAUACUCACCUUAGAACUGCUCAAAACCCAGGUGCUUUCUUUUGUUUUAAUCUUUUAUUGCCCAUGAUGAUUUUCCUAUUCUGCAAGUAGUGUAUUUCCUGGAUUACACAUAGUGUGUUUUCCUGAAGUAUUCUGAUAAAAUGUGGUUUUUAAAACCUCAGUAUACUUUCUGGAAAAGGAGCAUCUGGUUAUGCAUAAAGCAGAGCUAAAACUAAGUUUCUUUCAUGUCCUCCCUACUUCCUCUAUGUCAAUCACAUUAAAGUGUGUAAUCCUAUUUUAUGUGUAUAUAGUCUUUUUUUUAAAAAAAACAGCUGCUCAGAGUUUAGUUUAAUCCCUGUUUUUGUGUCUUUGGCUUCACUCAGGUCCUGAACAAAUAACUAAAUCUAGAGGUUGCUACAUAGAUUAUAGCAAAGAUUAAUGAAGAGUGGGAUCACUAGCUUUAAAUAUCUGUUGGAAAAGACUGAGCAUUUUCAUUCUGUGGAAUGCAUUGGACUUUUUUAUAUUAAUAAAUGUUUUCAAUAUUCUGUUU